AUGGGUUUAAUUACUUCGAGGGAGCAGACAAUGCUUGACGGACCAGUCGCGCCCACGAAGAGUCACCAUGUACGGCAGCCGUCGACGAGGAACCGUACUAAGCCUCCAAUGCCGGACCGAGAUGAGCUAGAGAGCCGUUUCAUAAAAGUGCUGGCGUCUAUGGACCUUCCUCCCGACAAAGCGAAAUUACUACGCAACUAUGACCUGGAGAAGAAGUGGGAGAUCAUCUGCGAUCAAGACAUGGUGCAAGCGAAGGACUCGCCGGCGCACUACCUCAACAAGCUGCGGACGUACCUCGACCCCAAAGCCUCGAGGAGUCAUAGGAAAAGAAAAAUGGUCGGCGACUCCACAUCCACUCAGGUUCUCAGGGACUUGGAAAUAUCUUUACGGACCAAUCACAUAGAAUGGGUGCGGGAGUUUCUGAACGAACAGAACCAGGGUCUAGACGUUCUAAUAGACUACCUGAGCUUCAGGCUCAGCAUGAUGCGACACGAGCAGCGCAUUGCGCUGGCUCGCAGCCAGUCCAGCGACGGCAUUAAUCAAGCGAACACAACGACAUCGGACUGUAGCGUGCCGAUGGAGAACGGAAGCACUCUAGGAGCGACCUGGAGACGGCGGGCGCGCUCUGCGGACGGCGAGCCCGAGGCGAGCGCCAGCCCUGCCGCCGCUCGCCGCCGCUCGCGCCACGCCGCCCGCCUUAACAUGGGCGCCUCCACCGACGACAUCCACGUCUGCAUCAUGUGCAUGCGCGCCAUCAUGAACAACAAGUACGGCUUUAACAUGGUGAUCCAACAUCGCGAAGCUAUCAACAGCAUUGCGCUGUCCCUCGUGCAUCAGUCUCUGCGCACUAAAGCGCUGGUGCUGGAGCUGCUCGCCGCCAUCUGUCUGGUGAAGGGCGGCCACCAGAUCAUACUCAGUGCCUUCGACAACUUCAAGGAGGUCGUCGGCGAGCCGAGGAGGUUUCACACGCUCAUGGAGUACUUUAUGAAUUACGACACAUUCCAUAUUGAGUUCAUGGUAGCGUGCAUGCAAUUCGUCAAUAUCAUUGUACAUUCCGUUGAAGACAUGAACUUCCGGGUCCACCUUCAGUACGAGUUCACGGCGCUCAAGCUGGAUGACUACUUGGAGAGGUUGCGGUUUUCUGAGAGCGAGGACCUGCAGGUACAAAUUUCUGCGUACUUGGACAACGUUUUCGACGUGGCGGCGCUGAUGGAAGACAGUGAGACCAAAACUGCUGCCCUGGAGAAAGUCAACGAACUGGAAGAAGAGUUGGGUCACGCUCACGAGCGACUAGCAGCUUUGGAAAGGGACGCUAUAGCCAAAAUAGCAACAAUGGAAGCGGAACUGGCACAAGUCCGGCAGGAAAGGGACCAAUUAGCUGAAGCUAGACGACAAGUCGUCGAAGAGGUUUCAACGUUGAGGCGAGCACAGCAGGACUCCCGCAACAGGCAGUCCAUGUUGGAGUCCAAGGUUCAAGAGUUGGAGACCCUCACUAAAUCCUUGCCGAGAGGCGCUUCUAUGGGCGCCAUAUCAUCGCACGCGCUGUGCAACGGCACUCACAACGGGCAUUCGCCUUCACCUCCUCCCCCCGCUGGCCAACGGCGUGGCGAGCCCGCGCGCCCCCUCCCCGGCGGCGGUGGCUGCGCCCCCGCGCCCGCGCCCCCCCCCGCCGCGCCGCUGCCGCCGCCGCCUCCGCCCGCGCCCCCCCGCGCCGCCGUGCGUGCCGCUGCCCCCCCGCUCCCCCCGCCCCUCCCGCGCCGCCCGCGCCCGGCCUAA